UUAAACUCUGGCAGUAUGCAGACCAGAAAGGGGGUGGGAGGGACAAGAGUAUAGACUGGAAGCAUGUAUAGAGUGUGAAGAGUCUCAGAAACAGGCAAGUGUCAAAUUCAAGGAGAGAAAAGACAAAGGAUCAAAAACAGAAGCUGGUUAUAGAAAACAAACAUGGCCAUAGACUGCCAUGACGGUCAAACGACAGUCUCCUCCAAGACCCCUGUGCACUCUCUCAAGCUCAUUAAGCCUCUUGAGUCGGUAGAUAAGAAAGCAGUUGAAGCAGGAAUACCCAAAGCUCUUCUCCAGAAUAAGGAUGGACACUGGGCCAAACUACUGCUGAAGGGAACAGCCACCGAGACUAAAGACAGCUCUGCCCUGGGAAUCUCCAUCAUAGCACAACCUGAAUGUGAGAAUAAUCAAGAAAUUUGCCCAACUUCCCAGGAAGGUCCUCUGUACAUCACAGACUCCAAGCAGUACAGUUUAACCGAAUGCAAUGAGCAUAUUCCAAAUAAUGUGGUAAAUGCAACAGAAGGCAAAUUGGCACAGCCACCACGAUUUCCAAAGAGCAAGAAAAAGAGGCGGAAAAGAAGUGUUAAGAAUAACAAUGCCACCACAGCUAUAAGAAGCCAGACCACCCCAGAGCAGGAGACACGCACACCGAUACCUGUACAGGAUGAAGAAUCUCAGUCAAAACAAUGGCAUACAAGUAGCAUCAAACCAACUAAUGAAAACAUUCAGUACCCGCCUCCAAACUCACAACCCUAUGCUUAUGACAACCUAAAAGUGCUCCACAAGCUUAUCAGUCCAUGUCAAUGCAUCUACCAUGUGGGUGCUGGAAAGCUUCAGCCUCCAUCAAAUCUAUUACUUGAUCAAUCAUCUAAAAUUAUUACUGCUUUGGGGACUGAUGAUUAUGAAAAAUUUAACCUACAGAGGGGUUCCUUCAAGUUCUCCAACUCCUUUACAGACUCAAAAACCCAAUCUGUGGAAGAGGGGGUAUUGUUUGCUCUUAAGGAUAGUGUAAGCUUUGGAGAACCCUACAACUUGUGCACAUUAGCCAAAUCCUGGAAGAAAGAUGAUUAUGAUCAUGAACAGUUGGUCAACGAAGGGAUCCUACUGAACAAGGGUCUCAAGACGCAAGAUUAUGAAUACAAAACAAAUAUCCAUUGGACAAAAAGUGAAGAGGUGCUGGGCAGUGGAGCAUUUGGAGAUGUGUUCUUAGGAAAGGACAAAGAAACUGGUUUUAAAUUUGCAGCUAAAACAAUUAAUGUCGACAGAUUUCGAUCUGAGGAGCUGACCUGCUGCCUAGCUGUCAAUUCUGAAAAAAUAAUCCCAGUGUACGGGGCUGUCCGAGAAGGAUCCUGGAUCACUGUGUUUAUAAAGCACAUGGAGGGUGGAUCUCUGGGCCAGCUAAUCAAAAGAAGUGGCUUCUUAGCAGAGGACUGGGCCCUAUAUUACACAGGGCAAGUACUGCAAGGGCUAAAACACCUUCACGCUGCCAAUAUAGUGCAUGGAGACAUAAAAGCUGACAAUGUACUUCUGUCAGAUCAUGGCAAAACUGCAUACUUGUGUGAUUUCGGGCAUGCAGCACAUCUCCCUUCUGGUGGUUGUAAGAUACGGCUACUGACAGGUGACUAUGUCCCAGGUACUGAAACACACAUGGCCCCCGAAAUCGUGCGUGGGGAGCCUUGUGACACAAAAUUAGAUGUGUGGAGUGCAUGUUGCAUGUUUCUUCACAUGCUAAAUGGCUGGCAUCCGUGGAGCCGCACACACAAAGCACCCUUAUGUCUGAAGAUUGCAACAGAACCACCACCUUUGCAAGAAAUCCCCCCUAACUGUCAACAUCUAACCCAAAAUCUUAUAGUAGAUGGACUACGGAAGGAUCCUAGUAACAGAGCAGAUGCAGUGGAUCUCAUUCACAAAGUAGACAUUGCACUUCAAAAAAUUGGAGGUCUGAAAUCACCAUAUAAUUCAGAAUACAGAGAACCUCGAAUAUUCCCCCCUAUAUACACAGAUGUCCCAGUUGUCCCAGGUUCUCAGCUAAAGGCUUAUCAUGAAGAAGCCGUGGCUGUUCAGAGCCGUGGUAUGCAGCAGAUAACAGAAGAUGCUUCUUUGACGAGUCAGAAAAGUGUUGGACAAGCGAGGAGAUCAUGUGAAGUGGAGAUUGAACGUCUAGAACGAGAUCUUUACAUGGACAACCUAUCUCAACCCUACUUUCUUGAGGAACAUGAACAAAUGUUUCUGAGUGAGCAAAGUUUGGAGCCUCUGCACAGCCGCAAGGAUUCCAUUACAACUUUGGACACUAAAAGUUCUGGGAUUCAUUCCUGGGACAGCCAGAUGGAGCCCUGGAGCUUACAAAGUGAUUCAUUCUUCAGUGGAGGAAACACGGCUACACCCAGUUGGUUCAAUGGGGUAAAAGUUCAUCUUCAAUCCUUCAGUGGGGAGAUCCUGUAUAUCUGGGAGUCUGGCAGGACUAAACUAGGAGACCUGGCGGUUGGAAUAAGCAGUCAGAUUCCUAUAGAAUCCUUCACCAUAGUGAACUCAAAAGGAACCCCCAUCCCUCAUAACACAGACAUCUCAGACUGUGGAACUGAGCUACAGGUCUCCCUAGCCCUUGAUCGUGAAAGGUGGCUCUGGAGAGUGAAAAAAGGGAAAAUAGAAGAAGGGAAAACAGGGGAGGUAUACACAGGUGGAGGGACAGAUGCCCCAACUUUUGUGGACCCCAGAGUGCUCUCUUUGACUUAGAGGUUUCUAAACUCCUACAAAUGUGCCUUAUUGAUUGUCAAGUCUGGAGUUCUAUCUGAUCUCAUAAGAAGGACACAAAAGGGAUCAUGUUGUAGUAAUAAUAUUUUCAAGAAGAAAAUAUAUUUUUUCACAAUUAUAAUUGUGUGUGAAAUUGUCAGAAAAUUAUAUAGGUUUCAUUAUAGCCUUAACCUAUUUUUUGGCUUCCAAAAGGCUAUCCAACCAACCAGUCAACCAAUAAACCAAACAAUCAAUAGACCAACCACAAUUGUCCAGAUAAUACAGUGGUUUGAGAUACAGUGUUGAUUUGGUUCUUCAUGAUGGUAAAAUAUUGGGUUUUCAUGUGGUAGGCAGCCGAUGGAUAGCAUUUUUGUGGGGCUUACACAAGCAUUAAAAGCACAACCCAAUCAGCCAGUGCAUUAAGGCAAAUUUUAGAUGGAUGUUCCUCAGAUGUGAUAGCUUUUCCUGCACAAGACACUUUUUCUAUAUGUUAAAAAGGUUAUGUUCCAGAGUUUUUCAGGAACUUGGAGGGGGGUCUUGACAGGUGAAGAAAGGGAUAAUAUGUACUGUAGCCUUAGACCACCAGACCCCUUAAUGCUACAUACACACAAAUUACUUGUGUGUUAAAAGAUGUUGGUCAUUUUCUUCAUUGUGCUUGUGCACAGACACUGUAGUGAUGUACAUAGAAGAAAAGGGGCUAUAGCGAAGAUAAAAAUGGGUUUUCAAGUAUGGUGUGCCAAGAUUACCAUCCAAGACAGUAGGGCUCCUUCCCCUUGGGGAAAAUUCCCCACCCAACAAUACAGUUCUGCUGGAGAGACUUGUUCUGCACAGCUUCUCUCCACUCAUUACAAAAGAGAAUGGAACCACCCAAGAGCCCCAAAGAAGCUGCAUGGUCUGCUUCUAUGGAUGGUAUAUACCCGCUUGGCCGCAACAAACAUUAUUCACCUCAUUUGCUUAUACUAACAGUACAGGUUAGAAAAAGUUCUGCACAUUAAUAAAUAUGCAUACAAACCAACCAACAGUGGAUUCGCCAAAUCAUUGAAACAGACCAGAUACCCACACAAUGGGAGGGGUUUGUAAGAUCAAUAAAUAGUAAUAAUACUUUAGCCUACUUCAGUAAGGAAGAGAGAAAUCUCUACCUACAACAUGGCUGCCUUUGAUAUGUGCAAGUAAAAAGUUCCCUACGAGGGCCACAACCUGUUAGGCCCCUUUCACACGGGCGAGAAUUCCGUGCGGGUGCAAUGUGUGAAGUGAACGCAUUGCACCCUCACUGAAUCCGGACCCAUUCACUUCAAUGAGCUGUG